AUGUACUUGUUUGUAGAUGAGCGGAACAACACUUUUAGCCUCUUACAAGCUGCUAGUGGCCGUAAAACCUCUACUAAAACAAAAAAGAGUUUCCCUUUCUUUCUGCUUCCAGGUGGAGGUAAAACGACGUUGCUGAACACACUGGCAGGCCGACAGAUGACCGAUGAUGGGAGAAUCACGCUGAAUGGCGCCACACUGAGCAAAGAUUUGAAGAGACAAAUCUCCUAUGUCCUGCAAGAAGAUAUCUUCUUUCCCAAUCUAACUCUCAGGGAAACUCUUGUGUUCACUGCCAUGAUUCGUCUGCCUGACAAAAUGCCAAGACAAGACAAGAUGGACAGACUGGAGGAAGUCAUUGACGCUCUGGACCUGCGCAAAUGUCUGGACACAAUAAUGGGUGAUGCCUGGGCCCGUGGUCUGUCAGGCGGAGAAAAGAAGAGAGCAAGCAUCGCGUGUGAGCUGAUCACAGACCCAAACCUUCUCUACAUGGAUGAGCCAACAUCAGGGUUAGACUACAGCACCUCCUGGUCACUUGUGUCCACUCUGAAACACGUGGCCACUCAGUUCAACAAAACUGUUGUGCUGACCAUCCACCAACCAUCCAGCAAGAUUUUCUUCCUCUUUGACCAGUUGCUUCUGAUGUGUGAUGGACAGGUGGCAUACUAUGGAAGAUGCCGUGAGGUCAUAGACUUUUUCAGUGAGCUUGGUUUUCAGAUUGAUUCAUUCACGAACCCAGCAGACUUCAUAGUGGACAAGCUGAAAGAAAGUGAAGAGAACAAGCAGAAAAUCAUCGAUGCAGCAAAGUUAUGCUCAAGUAAAGCCAGGAACGGUCAAAUGGAUGAUGGCAAUGGCACGGUUAGAGACAACACAAAAGGCCAGGAUUCGAACCUCAAGUCACAAACAAGUAAUAAUGAGACCGAUGGUCAACUUUCAGGGAAAGACUGUGUUCGAGUGAGCUUGUUGCAGCUGGAUGCAGAAGUUCAACAUCCUCAUGAUCCAAGAUGGCCAUCAGGAUACUGGACACAAUUCUCACAGCUAAUGCUUCGAACAUUUCGCCAGUCGAAGACCAGGAUUUUAGACAAGCUAAAGAUUAUUGAAAGUGUUGUUCUCUGCAUCCUCGUCAGCCUUAUUUGGUUUCAGUUACCAAGAACUGAGGAAACCCUGUAUGACAGAAUGGGAGUCCUAUUUUUCAUCAGUAUCCACUGGGGCUUCACUCCUCUCUUUGAUGCAGUGUCUUCCUUUCCCAUGGAGAGAAUGGUGAUUCACAAAGAGAGAGCCUCGGGUUGGUAUCGCCUCUCAGCCUACUACCUGGCUAAGAUGACCAGUGAACUUCCACUGACCCUGCUGCAGCCAUCGUUGUUUCUUGCCGUGGCCUACUGGUGUGUGGGUCUGCAUGGAGUCGGGCCCUUCUUCAUGUCGCUGCUUGUCAUCAUGGUCAAUGCUCUCGCUGGGCAGAGUAUUGGACUUCUGUUGGGAAUCAUCUGCAUGGAUUUUCGACGGGCUAUGGCAAUGGCUACAAUAUUCAUUAUGGCCAUUAUGCUCCUGGGUGGUUUCUACUCUCGCAGCCUCCCAGUGUGGUUAGACUGGAUCAAGUAUUUCUCCUUCAUCAACUACACAUUCCACUCCCUUCUUUACUUGGAGUUCUCAGGAGCAGAUCCAUUUGAAUGCUCUGACACGGCCAAUGCCUCUCAUUUCACAAGUUGCAAGGGAGCUAAUCAUUCCCAAAUUGAAACAAGUGAGAUUCUGGAUUAUUACGAUGUCAAGUGGUCAUUUGCAUCAUACUUUUUGCCUCUGUUCGUGUUUAUAUUUGUCAUGCGGACAGUGGGGUAUAUUAUCCUCCGAUUUGUUCACAGACCCACAUCAGUGUGAGUCUAUGGUUUUUCUAACUAAUUGAGUUUAGAAAGGUUUAGUAAGAGUUUUAUGGUGCUCCCAACUGCAUGAAGUCAUAUGAGCGCGCGAAACACAAGUUGGUUGCAGUCACAACAGGUCACAACACAGCCUGACUUAGGUUAAAGAUCAGAUUACAACACUAAAAAAUUUGUGGUAAAAUAACGAUCUAAAAAAAACAAUUUACUUAAAGUUAAAACAACAGUAUUUACAAUUUACUGUAAAGGCUAAUGGCCUUUAUAAAAUCGAGAAUUCUGUUGGGAUCAACAACAGGAAAAUAAAUCUUGUAAUAUUUUGCAUUUAAAAUACUUCCUUUGGGUCUCUCCAAUGUCUGGACAUUCUGUUAAGAUGUUAACUCAGGGAGGAUGCUCAUUCUGGUCAUUUGACAACAGUUGAAGACACACAGUUAAGUAACAUAUAUUCAUAAUAAUUUUUAAACCCAAUUUUCUUUAGAUGAAAAGGAAAGCUAAAAGGUAGGCAACAGCAUGCAUGCCAUGGUUUAUAGGCAAAUUCAUGUUUUUGAUUUGUACAUGGUGGUUCGAAAUGUGCUGCAACUUAGCCUUUGUUGUGCUAAUGAUCAGACAUAUUUGUCCACUUCCUCCUCAAAGAGCUACAGACUGGACUUAUUAUACAGACUUGGAGUUAUGCAGACUUCUGUAAAACUGUGGGUACCUGAGUGGAAAAUAACUCAUAUGAAUAUCAUUCGUUUUACUCAUUAUCACAUUGUAUUAGUUGUUCCUCUAAGACUCAAAGAUAUAUGCAAGCAAUCAUAUUAUUAUACUGUGUUACUCAGAUUACAUAAAUAUUUUUACUGAAUUUAUCUGAUAUUUUGUUGUUGUUGUUUAUUAGUUUGUUUGUUUUUUUGCUGUAAAAAUGAUCUGUCAUGUAGUUACUGCGCAGAGUGAAGAUGUGUGUGUUAUGUAAGUAUCAAUUUGAGCCAUUGUUUGCUACUUGAAGACAUUUAUCUGAACGCAAGUAGCCCUCCCAGAUACAGGGAAAUAUGUUUCUUUGGAUACGAAGGAUCACAGCAUUUGUAUGAGAGUAUGAAUGAAUGAGUAAAGAAAGUUUACAUGUUUGUGUUCUAUGGCUGACUCAUUUAAUAGUGAAUACUCUCUCUCUCUCCCUCCCUUUUCUCUCUCUCUCUCUCUCUCUCUCU